CGCGCCCUGUCCCCGCCCGGUGGAGCGGCUGCUGGCGCGGCGCGGCGGCUCGGCACGGCGGCGCCCGGGCGCAGGCGAGCGGGCGGAGCAGCGGACGGCGCCCAGGCCGCCCCACGCGCCGGGCUCGCGGCGGAGCGCUCCGGACUCGUCGGGGCCCGCGGCCGCCCGCGCCUUUCAAUGGGCAGCUCGCACUUGCUCAACAAGGGCCUGCCGCUCGUCAGACUUUGACCCGGCGUGGGCUUCAGUGGUCGCCGUGGACGGGAGCCUAGGAGCUUUGGUUCGAGACAAUUAAAGACGUGGGAUGAGGAUCCAGUGACAGGACGCGGUUCUGCAGGGGGCUUCUGAAGAUAGACGCUUUGAACAGUCGAAUUCAUGGUCGUGGAAGCCGAGCCCAUAUUAAGAGAUGUCAGGCGUCCGACCUCCGAUCAUGAACGGGCCCCUGCACCCCCGGCCCCUGGUGGCACUGCUGGACGGCCGGGACUGCACGGUGGAGAUGCCCAUCCUGAAGGACGUGGCCACGGUGGCCUUCUGUGACGCACAGUCCACACAGGAGAUCCACGAGAAGGUGCUGAACGAGGCCGUUGGGGCGCUGAUGUAUCACACCAUCACGCUGACCAGGGAGGACCUGGAGAAGUUCAAGGCGCUGCGGAUAAUCGUCCGAAUCGGCAGCGGCUUUGACAACAUCGACAUCAAGUCAGCUGGGGACUUAGGCAUCGCCGUCUGCAACGUGCCGGCCGCGUCCGUGGAGGAGACCGCCGACUCCACCCUGUGCCACAUCCUCAACCUCUACCGCAGGACCACGUGGCUGCACCAGGCGCUCCGGGAAGGCACGCGGGUCCAGAGCGUCGAGCAGAUCCGAGAGGUGGCUUCCGGAGCCGCCAGGAUCCGCGGGGAGACCUUGGGCAUCAUCGGGCUAGGUCGCGUGGGGCAGGCGGUGGCGCUGCGGGCCAAGGCCUUUGGCUUCAACGUGCUGUUCUACGACCCCUAUUUGGCGGAUGGCACGGAGCGGGCGCUGGGGCUGCAGCGGGUCAGCACGCUGCAGGACCUGCUCUUCCACAGCGACUGCGUGACCCUGCACUGCGGCCUCAACGAGCACAACCACCACCUCAUCAACGACUUCACCGUCAAACAGAUGAGACAAGGGGCCUUCCUGGUGAACACGGCCCGGGGCGGCCUCGUGGACGAGAAGGCGCUGGCCCAGGCCCUGAAGGAGGGGCGGAUCCGCGGUGCGGCCCUGGACGUGCACGAGUCAGAGCCAUUCAGGACGGAGCAGUGUCCGGAGGGCCUGGGGUCUGCAGCUCACAGCCACUUGCGGGAGGGGCGGGCAGCAUCCCCACCCCCCGUGAAGGCCCCUCCCCACUGCGGUCAGGAGCCCGUGGGCAGUUUUAGCCAGGGUCCCCUGAAGGACGCGCCCAACCUGAUCUGCACCCCACACGCGGCCUGGUACAGCGAGCAGGCCUCCAUCGAGAUGCGUGAGGAGGCGGCCCGGGAGAUCCGGAGAGCCGUCACAGGCCGGAUCCCUGACAGUCUGAAGAACUGCGUGAACAAAGACCACCUGGCAGCCGCCACCCACUGGGCCAGUGUGGACCCGGCCGUGGUGCACCCCGAGCUCAACGGGGCCGCCUACAGCAGGUACCCCCCAGGCGUCGUGGGCGUGGCCCCCAGCGGCAUCCCCGCCGCAGUCGAAGGCAUCGUCCCCAGCGCCAUGUCCCUGUCCCACGGCCUGCCCCCCGUGUCCCACCCACCCCACGCGCCUUCUCCCGGCCAAACCGUCAAGCCCGAGGCAGAUAGAGACCAUGCGAGCGACCAGUUGUAGCCCGGGCAGAGCUCCGCAGCCUGGGCACCGGCCAAGCCCUCGGACAGGUGUGUGCAGGGGCGGCGCCGCAGGCGGCCACGGCCUCCGGGACGGUCCGGGCGCCAGGGGUGAGAGGUGACGCCCUCUCCCCGCAUCAGCUGUAGUUGUCCCGUCCCGAGGGCCGGCCGCUGCCGUGUCCUUUGCGUCCCUGCUCAGCAGCGGAAGAGUCAGUAGUUAAUUCUAUCAUGAGUGUCCCCGUCUGUGUACAGUCUUUAGAACGUCGCAAAGGAUUUGUUUGCUUAGCUGUCGGCAGGAGAAGCCCGAGGCAGGGCUCCGCGGGUCUGCUUCAGACGUUCUCCCUUUUGUGUGUGGAUCGCAUCCCGAACCAAGCAGUUGGCAAACUUCUCAGGACAAUGAAUCCUCCCCGUUUUCUUUUUACGCCACUCAGUGCAUUGUUUUUUCUACCUGCUUGUCUUAUUUUUAGAAUAAUUUAGAAAAACAAAACAAAGGCUGUCUUUCCUAACUUUGGCAUGAACCCCCCCUGUUCCAAACGAAGACGGCGUCGCUAGCGGUGCAGAGGAGCGCGCGGGCCUCCGUCCCGGGCGGCGGGGCUGCGGCGCCUGGCCGCGCGGUGCCGUCCUGCUGAUGUGGUAGGCUAGCAAUAUUUUGGUUAAAAUCAUGUUUGUGACCGUAACCAUUUGUAUGAAUUAUUUUAAAGAAAUAAAAGUCCCAGAAAGA